AAACACGUUCCGAAGGUCGUGUUUGCUUUCCAGGCAACUUUUGAGGCUAACUUCAGUCAUACCAGUUAGUCUCCGCCCUCCUCUCUGUUGAGUGUGUAGUUGUGACCAAAAAGUUCGCCUCGACUGAGGGAAUAUACUCAGCCUAUCUCCCCAAACUGAUCCAAUUUCAACAUUUUACCCAAAGACCUGUGGGUUUACGAGCACGACCCUUGAGACCAUGUCAAAGGCCGAAGGAGAAGAGAUGAUAGAGAUCGAGAUCGACGAACAGGAAAAACAAGGAUGCUUGGAGGAAGGCAUGGAGGAACAGACCAUCAUGGCGUCGGAUCUGAUUCAGCAAGACAUCGACAUCAAUGAGCCAGUGGGCAAUUUGAAGAAGCUUUUGGAGCCGCGCAUCCAGAUCUCCCUGGAUUCAUAUGACAUUUGUUUGCAGGACAUUCAGCUGCACCCCGAUCACAGCCUCUUUGAUCAGGGCGUCAAAACAGACGGCACAGUGCAGCUCAGCAUGCAGAUUAUUACCAAACCAGGUGAGGAGAAGUUGAACAUUUUGGAGAUCGUGAAGCCGGUGGAGACGGUGGAGGUGGUGAUUGACCCGGAUGCCGCCGGGGAGGAAAGCUCCUUGGUGGAGGAGGGCCAGCUCAUCGCCGUGGAGCGGUCCGGCCUGUCCGACGAGACCUCGGAGCAGGUCACACGCUGGGCAGCCGCACUGGAAGGAUACCGCAAAGAGCAAGUGCGACUCGGCAUACCGUACGAUCCCCUCCUGUGGUCAGCAGACCAGGUGAUCCAUUGGGCUGUAUGGGUGAUGAAGGAGUUCAACAUAGACGAGAUGGAAAUCGGCAGCAUUCACAUCCCAGGUCGCGACCUCUGCUCUUUCAGCCAAGAGGAAUUCCUCCAGAAAGUGCCAAACGGAGAAAUACUGUGGAGUCACCUCGAGCUGCUACGCAAAUACGUGUUGGCGAGCCAGGACCAGUCCGGAGGGGAUUCCACUGUCACCAUUGAUCAACCUGUGCAGAUAAUCCCGGCUCAAGUCAGCACGCCCACUGCCAUUAAGGUGCUGAAGCAAAACCGCGGACCCCGAGCGCCUCGCAUCUCUGGAGAGGAGCGCAGCUCACCUGGCAACCGCACAGGCAAUAACGGCCAGAUCCAGUUGUGGCAAUUCCUGCUGGAGUUACUGACGGACAAAGACGCCAGGGAUUGCAUCUCCUGGGUGGGCGAGGAAGGGGAGUUCAAACUCAACCAACCCGAGCUGGUUGCACAAAAGUGGGGCCAGCGCAAGAACAAGCCCACCAUGAACUACGAGAAACUUAGCAGAGCCCUCAGGUACUACUACGACGGCGACAUGAUCAGCAAGGUGCAGGGCAAGCGCUUCGUCUACAAAUUUGUGUGCGACCUGCGGACUCUGAUCGGCUACAGUGCCUCCGAGCUCAACAACCUGGUAACAGAAUGCGAGCAGAAGAAAAUGUCGCGGAUUCAGAUGCACCACCAGCCCAUCACCACGGUGACGCUGGCCACUACCGCGAUGGACAAGGACAGUUGAAGGCCUUCAACUCCAGUAAAAACUCCACUUAUGAACUCUUGACCUUCCUGACACGCAGAGUUUGUUUGAGCUUUUGAAAGUGGACAGGAGGGUAAAUGUCAUUUUUGCGGUUAUGGAGAGAUGAAUGCUUGAGUGUGACUGAACUCAUGUUAACUCGUCUUCCUCGUCCGUAGCGUCCAACAGCCCACUGUAUAUACACCCACGCUUCAUGUUUUUGAUAGCUGCGACCACAUGUGUAUUUUCAUAUUUUUUCCUUUUAUAGAAAGACCCUUUUUGUAUUUUUAUUUUAGUCUAUGUUCCGUUACGUUUUUGGACCCUUUUUAAAAAAAAAUGUCCACAAAGGGGGAAUAAAGUGGCAAGCAGUUUUUCUGCGAUGUGGUCAUUCAUUCACAAAGUCAGCCAUACACAUAUACAUUCAAAAUUUUAUUCAUGAUAUGGAAGUAGAAACCUUUGAAGCAAAUGGUUAAUUUAAAUACACAGCAAAAAGGGGGUUCCUCCUUUUAAAACAUUCACCUGAAUAAGAGCUUCAAUUCACAUGUCAGUGUAGGGAUGUGAUAUGUGUUGUAUUCAGACACUGAAAACAGGACGCUACGUAUGCAGAAUGACGAAACAAGACGGGGAAAGUGAAGAUGGGGCGUUAAAAUCAAUCUUAUACAGUGGAACUUCCAAAGAUGAUAGGUGAUAACCACAGAACCAGAAAUGCGACAAAGGAAAGGGUCCGGCUGAGCAAAACAAUUACAGCAUUGGUCCAAAUAGUCUGAUCAAGACAGGUAGUCUGAUAUACAGGGUCUAGAGCUUUAGCAAACCAACAGGUGACGCCAAACUGCUUCUCUCUCUCUACAAGUGAGUCCGAGCAAAAAAAAACAUGUUUGCAACCUUCUAAAUACGGAUUUUAACAUCACAUGAACAUCUACACAUGAAGUGACACCUAUGUACCUAUCAAUGUAAAAUUACUGACCCCUCGUGACCAGUGUAGACUACUACAUAUCAUCACAGCAUCUUCUGAAUGCCUUAUACUGUAUUUGGAUUUUAGUUCAUUUAGCCCAAAAUACAUUUGCUUAAAUAUGCAUAUGUUUUGACUAAUAGGCUGUAUGUAUUCAACCCUGAAAUAGCAGGAUUUUUUUGGGGGGGAAACCUUGUGUUAAGAGUGAAGCUGUGAAGUGAGAAGGGAUUACUGUAUCCUUUUUUUUCUCCCUUUUGCAGUCUACCAGUUAUGUAGAAAAAAAAGUGUUUCCAAAAACAAGCGACAAGAGAUGUCUUGCAUUCAGGCUUAUCUUACAUUCUGGUCAAAACGUUACCAGGCAGAGCAAAUGUAAACAGCAUGCAGCUCGGAAGCACACUUUUUAAUGACUAGCAUAAUGAACGCGCUUGUCAAUAAACUGCACUUUUUUGUGUUACCGUGCUAAAUAUUUGUCUUCAAACUGUGAGCAGUUUUAAUUUAGUUUUAUUUUACAUUUGAACAAUGCCAGGAAUUUUAGUUAAAACAUUCCCGUACAGUUGAUAAUGGUUUGACGAUGACCAGUUUGACGCCGGCAGUGACUACAGUAAUCCCUAGCCACACAACUUCGGCCUAUUAUUGAAAAUUAUGCAUGUUUAAGUAAAGUUUAAGUAUUUUCGGCCUACAUUUCAAGCAUAAAAAUGACUAAUAACUAAUCAAAACGCAAAUAUAAGGCAUUUAGAAAUGCAUUGAAAGAUGCAUUAUGAUCUGUAGUAUUCUACACUGGUCAAGUGUCAGUAAUGUUACACUGAUGACACAAUAGCCACCACAGGGAAUACUAUGCAGAAACCGCAAGUAAAAAGGAACAAGGACUUCUCCCAAUGCUAUCAUAUGUGAGUCUACACCUACAGCUACUAUAUUGGGUAAUACGACUGUAAAUGUGACUGUAGGGGUGUUAUUUUAUGUCUAGAAAGCUCUGAUAAUGUUAACAACUGUAUUUAGAAGGUUGUAAACAGGUUUUUGUGAAUGAAUGUUUGGCGGUGGUUGAAGAACUGGAGAGCGAAUUGGGAGCCACGUUUCUGUCAGACUACCCCAGAGCAGCUGUGCCUACGGAUGUAGAUAACCACCAACAGUGUGUGACUGAGGAGUGAAUGAAUAAUGGGUUCGCUUCAUUGCGAAGCGCACUGGGUGCCUUCCAAACUCUACAAAAUGUAAUCCAUAAUUAUUUUUUAUGCUCGAACUGCGAAAAUAUUCCAUUUAUAAACAAGGAAUCCUACUUGGCGGAAAUUCACGUGUGGAACUAAUUAACCGUGAUGAAGGAGAGAUGACUGUACUUCUAUUUGCAUUAUGUUUUGUGGGGAAAAGUGCCUCCAAUUCAGUUUGUGCUCAGCUUAGGAGGUUCCACUGUUGUCCUAAAUAAUCAUAAAAAAUGAAGAAAAAAAAAACGGGCCACCUGAGCCCCUAACAACCAAUGUACAAUCAAUAACGGACAAUGGAAUGAUUUAUCUGGAAUGAUGGCGAUGAUUAUCUCACCCUAGUACGCCCCCACUAGGCCAAUAAGUGUUUGUCAGCAAUAAUAGUCACUAUUUUGUGGUGAUAACAAUUUGACUUUUCCCCAAAAACAACAAAAAAUAA